UCGCGGGCGUUCGCGGGCGCCCGUGCCCGUUUUCAGCGUUUUGCCGACCCCUGGUUUGAGCGACAAAAAGGAUCACGUGAUGAUUUUUGUCGCUGAACUAUUCAGCGGCAACUUUUGUACAUGAAAAAGAGUAAAAGCGACAAAGUUCGAGUAGUUAAAAAGUGGUUGCACCAAGCUAUAAAGUUGAGAAACAGAUUUAUCAUUAUGUCUUCCAGGAAAAAAAAAAAUAUAAUUGGAUACUAAAGUAUAAUCGAAUAAUCCAAGAACAUGAAAUUGAAUUUCAAAAUAAUAUUGUUUUUGCCGGUAUUAUGAUGCUGUUGACAUGUCGGCAAACACAAAAAAGAUAUUAUUCUAAAAAGAAAUUUUGGAUUGCACCGUUGUUUAAAAAUCAUGAUAAGUAUGGAUUUUAUAAAGCUAAUUUGCUAUAUGUAAAAUUAGAAAGUGCAAAAUUCAAGAAUUAUUUUCGCAUGUCUUCAACACAACUAGAAGAUUUGCUACAAAUUAUUGCACCAAACAUUCAGAAGCAGACAUUCAUCAGAGAGCCUGUCAGCGCUGAAGAACGUUUGUGUUUAACUUUAAGGUAUUUGGCUUCUGGCGACUCUAUGAUAUCAAUGUCAUCAAUAUUUAUUAGGAUGUACAACAGUAAGCAACAUUAUAUCCGAAACAUGCAAAGUAAUUUGGAAUAUGUUGAAAAUCAAUGCAACUUUCCUCAUUGCAUUGGUGCCAUCGAUGGGAAACAUAUUGUUAUUCAAUGUCCUGCUAAUGCUGGCUCCAUAUAUUAUAACUACAAACAUCACCACAGUAUUGUUUUAAUGGCAAUGUGUGAUGCUAACUACCUAUUCACAUUUAUAGAUAUCGGAGCCUAUGGUAGACGUAGUGAUGGUGGCAUUUUUGCAGAAUACCAGUUUGGUAAAAAAUUUGAACAAAAAAGAUGAACAUACUAAAUGCAGAAAUUAUUUGUGAAAAUGGUCCCGCAUUGCCGUAUUGCCUCGUUGGAGAUGGAGCAUUUCCUUUAAAAGAAUAUUUACUUCGAUCAUACAUAGGAAAGGAACUGACGAAAGAAAAAACAUAUUCAACUAUCGACUAAGUCGUGCCAGGCGAAUGAUUAAAAAUACAUUUGGUAUUCUUGCCUGUUAGUGGCGAAUAUUAAGAAAGCCAAUAAUUGCUAAAGUAGAAACUAUAGAAAAAAUUACGUAAGUCAUCGUGUGUUUGCACAAUUGGUUGCGAAAAAAAGACAUAAACAUCAAUGAAUACGUGACUACAAGUAUGGUUGAUCGUUUUGAUAACAAUAACUUUAUUCCUGGUACUUGGAGAACAGUUCUUGAAAACAUGUCUGCCUAUCGUGAGAUACAACAAGUAGGAUCAUAUAACAAUACUCGGAUAAGUAUAAAAAUACGGGACAAGUUUUUGCAUAUUUUAAUAAUGAAGGAUCUGUAUCAUGGCAAAAUAAACAUGCAUAAAAAAUGUAUUUCCAGAAUA